AUGGGGAAGAAUGUGCAGCAGAAACAAGAAUCUAUGAUUUUACAUAAUCAUAAUCAUAAUCCAAAAUGCUUGUGGGGCAUAUUUCACCACCUUAACCACUAUAGAUGGAAUACUGUCAAGAAACGCCUCCCUCACAAGAGGGGAUCAACUGCUUCUUCAAAACCUGCCCCUGUGGCUGAAGAUCCAGACAAUAAAGCCACAGCCCCUAGCCCCGUCGCGGCUGAAAUCCAAGAAAAGGCAGACCCUAAACCGGAAAACACCCCUGCUGUUGAAGCAAAGCCUGCAGACUCCGGUUGUUCAUCUAAGUCGAUGAAGUCUCGACUAAAAGCCUUGUUAUUCAGCGACGAUGGAUCCAAAAGAAGGGGAAAAGGGCGACACCGUCGAAGCUCCUCCUGCCCAAACACCGACCAAAUCGCUCCCAUCGCCGCCGUAGUCCCGGCGCCGCAACCUUCCACUCAUCACAACACCGCCCACACCGCUUCUCUCGCCAGCUUGCUCGACCCUCCACUCCCAACCAUCUGGGAGGAGGGCCAUGCCGCCCCUCCCAAACACACCACCACCUGCGCCAUCUGCGCCGCCAUGCUAAAGCUAAACAAGAAUAACAAUCCCCAGAUGGCUCAAACCGAUGAUAUCUACGCCCCAUUAGAGCCACCCAAGCCGGCGUCCCUCCAAGAAUCCAAGCUGUUCUUGAAAGCCCUGGACUUGCUCAACGUCAGAAAGGAGGUUCUCCUGAAGAUCUUGAAUGAUAGCCGGCAGAAGCAGCCCUCCUCCUCUAAACUGCCCAAAAGAUUGGAUAAAUCCAUGACGUUCCCCGCCCCGGGGGCGCUGAGGAGAGGGCGGGCCGCCGCCAAAUGUGUGGCACAUGAAAAGCCGCCGCCGCUUCAAGAUCAAGAGAAUGUGUUCUCGGCGAAGAAAAAAAUGUGCACGAAUCCUGAGCUUUUGGAUAACGUCGCAAAACAUUCCCCUCCUACUGAGCAGAAGAGCCGAUAUGGUUUGUGGAAUUUCAAGAACCUAAGGGAGAAAUUAAGGUUUGCAGUUAAAGAGAGCAAAAAGGAGAAACAGAGAAUUGUUAUGGAUGGCGUUCUUGACAAAAUCCCUCGCGGUCGUGAGAUACCCAAGGAUCCAGCUUCUUCUUCAUCAUCACCUCAAUUCAUAAAUUCCCAAUUCGGAAAAACCACCGAGAAUAACAAUAACAAUAACAAUAAUAUGCAAGAAAGCAUGAAAAGAGCACGGUCUUUCCAAGAAUCACCGGAGAAGUAUAAUCAGCUGCUGGAAUCAUGUUUCCAGAGAGAAACACAAACUCCUCGGAUCUCCUCGGAACAACCGGAGUUUCAAGAACCGCCAGGAACACCCACGCCUGAUAGUCCUAGCUCUAGCAAAACACUGGAGAGGUUUAUGUCAAUGCAGGCUGAUCUAAGGGGCGGCUCUUCUUUAAGAAACAGUGAGGAUAAUGAUACUUCUUCUUUCAGAACAGUUACUGGGAAUAUUGCAGACAGUAGUAGAGAUGGUGAGCGCAAGGUGAUUUACACCCCUACAGCUUCAGAAUAUCAAACUCUAUCAGAUCCCAAUUCAGAUGAUCAAAUCCCAGGCCUUCAAGAUGGGUUCCAAGAUGUUGGGGAUACUUUUGAUGAGCCCACUAUUUCUGUGCCUGAAAUGCUGGACUCAUCUUGCACUGAAAAGGUUUCUGCACCAGAAGAUGAUUCUUCGGAGAUGAAAGCAGAAGCUUGUGGCGUAGCCGCAGCGGAGAGUUCAGUUGAGGUAAUAGAGAAAGAAGGACUAAACAUCUUAAUGGACCUUCACGUGGACAACAAAAACAAGGCGCAAUUCGACUACGUAAAAGACGUGCUGGAGCUCUCUGGGUUCAGCGGGAUCGAGCUCCUGGAGAGCUGGCAAGCCGCCCAGCUCCCAUUAAACCCUUCACUUUUCGACGAAGUCGAAGGCUGCUUGCUAUCACAACCCGACUGCACCGGCAACGAAGCCGGCGGCACCUGCGACCACCUUCUCCUCUUCGAUUUAAUCAACCAUGUCUUGCUGGAGAUGUACAAACGAUCAUUCUCGUACUGGCCGCAGCCGCUCACUUGCCAUUCUUGUGUCCGGAGAAUGCCGGUCGGGUACCGUGUUCUUGAGGAGGUGUGGGCGAGCAUAAACUGGCUAUUGACCUGGUUCCAUGACCAUCAAAAGUCGGUGGUUGACGAUGCUGUUAGGCAUGAUUUGUCGAAAGGGAAUAAUUGGAUGAACUUGCAGUUUGAUGCGGAGUGUGCUGGGCUUGAGCUGGAAGAACUGAUUCUGGAAGAUCUUUUAGAUGAGCUAAUUUAUGACGAUCUUCUCUUUUGA